AUGACGGAGUUUUGCGACGACGUCAUUAAACUGUUUCCGCUCCGGGCGAUUCCGGAUGUGAUCAAGUUGUUCCGGCAGCAGCUGAACAAUCGCGAAGAAGAGCCGGACCUGACGCUGCUUUCGAUCGUCACUGGCCUGAUCGAACAUUCACUUACGACCAAGGUGCUCGAAUCUGGCGCGCCAGCGUCAGGUUCGUCCUCGGCGAACAACAACAACAAUGGAGAGACCGGUGGCAAAUCUGGCCAGGCUGGCACGGCAAGCGACAGCACUGGCGGCAAUUUUCCAAUCAUCCGCUACGAUACGAUCGAGGGCCUGUACAAGCGCUUCAAAUCGGUUCUGGCACCGAUCGAGAAGCUGCUGGUGAAGAGUACGACCGAUUCAAAGUUUGCGAACCGGGAGAUCAUCAAGAAGGUGUCCGACAUAAUCUGGAACUCGCUGCUUCGUAGUUCGUACAAGGACCGGGCCCAUUUGCAGAGCCUGUACAGCUAUCUGUGCGGGAACAAGCUGGAUUGUUUCGGUGUGGCGUUCGCUGUGGUCGCCGGUUGCCAGAUGCUCGGCUAUCGCGACGUUCAUCUGGCCAUCUCCGAGGAUCACGUGUGGGUGGUGUUCGGUAAGACGGGCGACGAAACGAUCGAAGUAACGUGGCACGGUAAAGGAGCGGAGGAUAAGCGUGGCCAAUCGGUAGCACCCGGUGUUGAGUCGCAAACGUGGCUCUAUGUAGCCGGUAAUCCGGUCGUGUGCAAUCGCUACAUGGAGGUGGCAGCGAUCGUUUCAGCAAUCAAUCCAUCACUAACCGCCACUAGCGCCUGCCUGGAAGUGGCCGACAUGCAGCAACAACUUCUGUGGCUACUGUACGACAUGGGACACCUGACACGCUAUCCGAUGGCGCUCGGAUGCUUAGGCGAGCUGGAGGAAGUCGAACCAACGGUCGGGCGAAAAAACUGCGAACAGCUGUACAACGAGUCGGUCCGUUCGUCCCAGACCUACUACCGGAACCAUCACGUAUAUCCAUACACGUACCAAGGCGGAUACUACUACCGGAAGAACAUGUACCGCGAAGCCUUUGCUUCGUGGGCCGACAGCAGUGAUGUGAUUCGAUUGUACAACUACUCACGCGAUGAUGAAGAGAUCUACAAAGAAUUUCUCGACAUCGCCAACGAGCUGAUUCCGCAGGUGAUGAAGCUGGAAAGUUCGGGCCACUCGGCCCGAAGCAUUCUACGGGAUGCGUCCUGUUUCGCCAACCUGCUACGUUUCUACGACGGAAUUUGUAAAUGGGAAGAAGGCAGUCAAACGCCCAUUCUGCACAUUGGUUGGGCAAAGCCACUGGUGGCUACAAUUGCCAAGUUCGAUCAUGACAUACGCUCGCAGGUGAUCAUCAAGUGUGCCGACCAAGAGCCGCAGGCUCAGCACCAUGUGUUUGGUCACGAGAAUGGCAAGAAUGGUACGGUUGCUUUGAAGGAUGAAGCCUUGGCCCCACCCGAGAAAGGGUCCCACCAGCAGCAACAUCACAACAACAACAACAUCACAAAAGUGGACGCAAACAUUACGAACGUUGGCCGAUUGCUGGGUGGCAAGGGAGCUGCCGUGGCCACUGCGCUGCCGAAAUCACUGGAAGCACUGGUCGGCAAGUGUGGCGAGAAGCUGCUCAAUCCCGAGUUUCUCUUGCAGGGCGGUGGACAACCGUUUACCACGGAGGAAAUCGGUACACCGGUUGCGGGCGAUGAUGGUGACAGUGGCCUGCUCUCACUGUCACUGACUCAGCCGUCGGCUGAACAUACGGUACCGUCAAACAACGGAGUGCUGAAGGUAGGUGAAGCAUCCGCGGUUGCACCGAAAGAAGAGGACACCACGAAGGGAACGAAGGACGAGUUGGAACCGAAGCGACCUGUCAUCGUACUGUACAGUCAGAAGAUGAAGGGCCUUAAGGAUCUGCUAUUGGCCGAGAAACUCAACACCAAUGCGAUCUCGCUUCAGAUUACCGCCCAAAGCCAGGUGCAGGUAGGUGGAAAGAAGCUUCGAGGUGCACAGUUGUUGGCACUGGGAAGCUCAUUAGCCGCCAGUGCACUGGCACAUCACCACGUGACGGGCGAUGGAAAUGAGGGUAAUACGCGACCCAAACGAGCGCGUAGAGAGUAA